UGGAAACGUGAAUAUAUCUUGGCUUAUCCAUCGGCGAAUCAUACAAUAUGUUUAUAUUCCGCUCCCGUAACUUUAAAAUAAUAAUUUUGAAAGUUUAACGCAGAAAAUAUAACAUGAUUGGUCUUUCUGCACCAUGGGCUCUUCUCACAGAAGCAUUUCUUCAACUGUCAUAGGAACAGAAUUAGUGUAUACUUAUAAAAAUGCCUCGACUAACUAUGUUACCGCGGACCUCGCGUAUCGUAGCUUUAUGCUCUACAGCAAAUUUCAUCAAUGCUGCCGACAGAGUCAUAAUGCCCAUUGCAAUAGUACCAAUGACCGAUGAGUUUAAGUGGAAUCUACACUGGCAAGGAUGGAUCCUUUCCGCAUUUGCUUUCGGUUAUUUUACAAGCCAAAUUAUUGGAGCGAGUACAGCUAAUCGUUUUGGUUGUAAAACUGUUCUAAUGGUUGCUGUAUUGCUUUGGUCAAUUAGCACUGUCAUAACACCACUUUUAGCACAAUCUAUUCCACUACUUAUAAUAACUAGGGUCAUUCUUGGCCUCGGCGAGGGUCUAGGUUUACCCGUAAUAUUUCACUUAUUUGCUCACAGUGUGCCAGUUGAGGAAAGAUCUCGAGCUUUUGGCUAUCUUGUUGCCGCUGGAUCUGUUGGACAAGUAGUCGCAUCAGUUCUAUGUCCACACUUUUCAUGGCAAAUUGGAUUUUAUUUAUUUGGAUCAAUUGGUAUUUUAUGGACCAUUUUAUGGUCUGUGCUUUAUAAGGAAACUAAUUCACAAGAAGAAAUUCCAAUUUUUUUACCUAAAAUAUCUCAAAAUCGAGCUUUACAAUGGACUGAAUUUAUUGCACACUGGCCGCUCUGGUCGUUAUACAUAGCCCAUUUCGCCAUGAAUUGGAGUAAUUAUAUUAUUAUGCAAUGGUUACCCACAUAUCUUGCAAGAAACUUAUCCGCUAAUAAAGAAAGUAUAAGUUUAACAGCAUUACCUUAUAUUGUUAAUUCGCUUAUAGGCAUUGUGGCUGGACACAGUGCUGACAAUCUUAUACAGAAGAGAUGGUCUAUACUAUCUGUUCGAAGAUUAAUGACAAAUAUUGGACUGAUUGGUCCCGGAGCAUUUUUAUUAGCUUUUUGCGCAGUUGAUAAUUUACUAUUAGCAGUAAUAUUUAUUUCAAUAUCUAUGGGACUGUGUGCGUGUAACUCCUCUGGUCAUCUUAGCAAUCAUGCUGAUGUUGCACCAAAUCAUGCUGGUAUAACAUUUGCUAUUUCCAAUACUAUUGCAACAAUACCUGGAAUUUUGUGCGGACCACUUACAGCUGAAUUAGUAACAGCGUCGAAUGGUCGAUGGAUGCCAGUAUUUGUUUUAGCAGCAGCAAUUAACUUUACCGGGGCUAUAAUAUACCAAAGUCAUAGUUCAGCACAGCCAGUAUUCGUAAAUACAGUUGGAUUUGACGAUUGAUUUAUUGAUUCUUUAAAAGAGUCUAGUGUUUACUGAACGAACAAAAAAAAAAAAAAAA